AUUAACUGGAACCAUAAAGGAAAAGGAAAAAGGAAAGGGAACAACACGACAGAAACAAAUGGCGUCUUCGAAGGCAGUCGGAGCGGGUGGCGCCGCCGGGACGCCGGUGGCGAUUGAACUGGACAAAUUAAGCUUAGAACAACUGAAAGCCGUAAAGGAACAAGCCGAUGCUGAAGUGAAUCUGCUGCAAGAUAGCCUGACCAAUAUCAGAAGUGCUACUGCCCGUCUCGACAACGCAUCCAAUGCUCUUAACGAUCUCUCCCUCCGUCCCCAAGGGAAGAAAAUGCUGGUGCCACUUACGGCUUCGCUUUAUGUCCCUGGAACUCUAGAUGAUGCUGAUAAGGUGUUAGUUGAUGUGGGCACUGGAUAUUUCAUUGAGGUUGGUUCACUCUGCUUGAUUUCUUAGUUGUUCUUCAGCUCUUUUGUUCUUCUCAUUGAAGUUCUAGUUUUUGUUUGAUUUUGAUUUGAAUUGCUUACUGCUGUUUGAGGUUGAGCGAGACACAACACUAGUGUGUUACUCCAUUGAUGUGUAGAUCAUAGCAACUUUCAAGUUAGCUUAGUCACUUGGUCUAUGAUGCGACCUUUGUUGCAAAAUCUCCGCAAAGUGCACCGCUUAGUAGGCCUUUUGUUUUGUUCACUUUUCAUUUACUCAUCCACUCCUCCAAUAUUUAAUAAGACUAGCCAAUUGAUUGAAACUUUAUCCAUGUGCAUAACAGCUUUAUGCUGAGAUUAAUUAUACACCAUGAAGCCAAGAACCAAAAGUGAGUAUAAUUUCAAUAAGAUGAAAUCAAUAAUGGCCCUUUAGAUCGGAAAGCAGUUGGUAAAGUAGCUCUGGGAUUAUUGAUAAUUCUUUGUUGCAUCACAUCUAAACAAUGUGAAAUAUUUAGCAGUCCUGAUAAGUUACAGUGUUUCAUCCGAGUGGACUUCAAACUUGUAACAAUACUGUAUUUAUUCACUAGUAAUUUCACAUGAUGCUGUUGUUUUGCACCUUCCAUUAUAUUUAGAACCUUCAACAUGAUGCUGUUAUUGUACAUGUUUACAUGAUGCUGUUAUUGUACAUGUUUGGUUUUCACUUUCUACUGAUAUUGGGAUGAUUGCAUCAUUGUUGUCUUUGGCAGUUUCUUUUUGUCUUCAAAAUGUUAUUUCUUUUGUAUUGUUCCCGACUUAGUUACUUCUGUGAUAUAGAAAACAAUGGCGGAAGGGAAAGAUUAUUGUGAGCGCAAAAUUAAUUUGCUGAAGUCCAAUUAUGAUCAGCUCCUCGAGGUAUGUUUACGGAACCAAGUUUUUUUUUAUUACAUGGGCUGGAACUAUUUUGCCAGGGCUAUUCCUAACAUCUUGGAACUUUAUUGAUCGAUCUCGAUUACAUUAUCGUUGUCUUUCCCUUGAAUUUUACCAAGUAUCUUGGAGCUGGUUGAAAUGAUGACGUAGUAAACUUUCACUUGUAUUUUGUACCCUUACAGCUGUGUUCUUCAUGCAAAAGUUCAUAUCCCUUCUAGCAUUGUAGGCUGAAAUUCGAUGCAUAAUCUAUAUAAUGCCAGUUGUUUUCGUGCCAUACUCUUCGGAAAUUGUCAUGCUUCUAGCAAAUCCUAUGUGUACUGAAAGCCACUGCAAAAUAUUUUAAGUCGGUCAGUGUGACUUUUGUUUCAAACAUUGGAUAAGCUUGUUGGUUAUAUCUCAACUAAGGGCAAAGAUGGAAAAAUCCCAAACAUAAUUUAUCACUAAAGUGAAAGAUGAAGCUUAGGAAUUAUUUUUACUUACUAUUUUACCAUCUGGCCCCAGAUAUUCAAUUUAUGUCCAUCACUAAUGUAUCUGCUGGCUGCAGGUGGCUACAAAGAAGAAAAGUAUAGCUGAUGAUGUUGGAAUCGUAUUACAAGCUAAGUUGAAGCAGCUGGCACCAGCACAAUAGUAUGUUAUCAGCUUUGCUCAUAUUAAGUACCAUCCCGUGUGAUUCACAUGUUAGGUUCUCAAUCUCUAGAUUAGACAUAGGGGUUAAUCGUUUUCCAAUUGAUCAAUUGUUUUCUGGAGCAGCAGAUGAAGUGAAUCACGAUUGUGGGUGUUUGAGGGAAACAAUAGUAAUAGUUGUGGACGUAUUAGUGUAUCCAUUAUAAUUUGGUAGAAUUCUUUUGUUUAUGAAACCAUCCGUCAUCGUCCAUGAUUCAGGACAACAAGGUCUCAAGAGUGAAUGAGGGCUUCCAUGUUGUUUGUUAAAAGUUACUGUUUGUUGUAUUUCAUUUGAGAUUUAGUCAUGACUGGCUUGACCAUGCGCAUUCAUAACCUACCCUCACACUUUUACUAGUGUGUACUAUGGGCAGUUGGCUGUUGAAUUUAUGGUUGUCAGUUAACAGUCAAUAAACGGGCUAUAAAUUUGACAAUAGGCAGAUGUUUUAAUCAGCACAAAACUUUACACACAGCAUACAAUCCUCUUUCUUUAGUUUAAAUUUAAAUCGGGACUCAUCAAUGUUCUAUUUUGAUAGUUAGCUGUUCAUGCUUUAGAGCAGUUCAAACACUUGUAAACUGUG